AAGACAUUUCACCAGACGCACGCGCCGCUGUCAAAGAUGGCGCGUGUACUGACUCAUCCGCCACGUCAUCGGGGUCUUCUUUCUCCUUGAGAUAUUAGAUGCAAUUCGUAGAAAGUCUUACACCGAACCGAACCGAACCCUCACAAACAAACUCCUCUGCGAAAACUGAGUCUCCAUAUCCAAACUUUCUCAAACCUAAGCCGGAGAAAUGGACGACGAAGGAAGGAGUUGAAUCAGAACUCUUUAACAUGAAUCUCUCGCUGUCGUCUUCGACUUCGUCAUCCUCUUCCUUGACAGCUUCAUCCUCAUCUUCUUCCUCGUCUUCUUCGACCGGUUCUUGGCUCUCCGGCAUUGUCCGCGGCCGGUCCGACCGGCCUGGGACCGUUAAGAUGGCUACCAACUCUGUUGGCUCUGGCUCUGGAGACUUUGCUGGUCCGGUCGUUCGGAAGAAUCAGUACCGAGGAGUUUUGUUCAAGUAUGGCUCCAAGCCUAUUCAGGUUGCAUUUAAAACAGGUGAUUACAAGCAGCAAGUUAUAUUUAUUGGUGGGCUAACUGAUGGUUUUCUAGCAACAGAAUAUUUAGAACCCCUUGCAAUUGCAUUGGAUAGAGAGAAGUGGUCACUCGUUCAAUUUCUCAUGUCAUCAUCAUACUCUGGAUUUGGCACCUCCAGCUUGCAACAGGAUGCUAUGGAGGUUGAUCAACUAAUAAGUCAUCUUAUAAACAAAGAAGAUUCCGAGGGUGUUGUUCUACUUGGUCAUAGUACUGGCUGCCAGGAUAUUGUGCAUUACAUGCGCACAAAUGCUGCAUGCUCCCGAGCAGUUCGCGCUGCCAUUUUGCAGGCCCCAGUAAGUGAUCGAGAGUACAGAGCAACUCUUCCGGAAACAGCUGGUAUGAUUGACUUGGCUUCGUCCAUGAUAAGUGAAGGCCGUGGUUCAGAACUAAUGCCUAGGGAAGCAGAUCCAACUGCCCCAAUAACUGCCAUUAGAUAUCACUCCCUGUGCUCAUACAUGGGAGAUGAUGACAUGUUCAGUUCGGACCUUAGUGAUGACCAACUGAGAACGAGACUUGGACACAUGUCUAACACUCCUUGCCAGGUAAUAUUUUCGAUGGCAGAUGAGUAUGUGCCAGACUAUGUCGACAAAAAGGCAUUGGUUGAAAGAUUGUGCAAAGCAAUGGGGGGAGCAGAAAAAGUUGAAGUGGAAUAUGGAAAUCACUCCCUCUCAAACAGAGUAGAUGAAGCUGUCAAGGCUAUCAUUGACUUUGUUAAGAGAGAUGGCCCCAAGGGUUGGGAUGAUCCUUGGAAUUAGUUUUUAGCAUUGGUAAUGUAAUGCCUUUGUAAUCCUUUUGCUUUGUUAUUCUUAUUGUUUUCAAUUCAAUGUUUUGUCUAAUUCAAUUGUGCAGAUUUUUUUUUUCUUUUGUCAAUGACUACAUAAUAUCUGUUUAAAUUUCAUUGGAUGAGUGAUCUGAUUGGUGAGCCGGUGUCAUCCCAUUAAUUUAGUGGGAACAUUUUAUCUCUUUUCCAUCAUGCUUAGACUUUCUCAUCGAAGCUUGGAGUUAUUCUGUUGA